AUGGUGCUAGAAGAGAGCACUACUAUCGAUAAUUCGCUUGUAUGGCAGUUACAAAAUGCUUUUUCACAAAAUAUUUCAUUUUCCAAAAACUUGGUUGUGUCAGGAAUAAUAUCGUAUACAGUUGACGGUUCCUCCGAGAAGUUUGUGAAAAUCAACUUCUCUCUGGAUAGUCAGGUGAAUACUGGAGGCGUAAAUUCGCCCACUGAAUCGCCUAAUGGAUCCGCGAGUGCUUUUUCUGUAGAUACAAAAUUAUCGGAAUGUGCUUCUUCAUCUGCUUCACCACCGAUUCUCUCAAGUAGUGUAGAUCGCUUACCAGUAAAGACCCAAUCACUUGAUAUUAGUGAAAAUAAUAUUCGAAUUGGUCAACGACGUGGAAGGCGUAAAUCGAGUAAACCGCGAAGACAGCCAUUGGUUAGCAAUGAUGACCCAACAAAUGAGGCUUUGGAAUCAACUAACAACUGUGGCGAUGAUAAAAUUGAUGAGGCAUGCACUCCAGCUAAACAGGUUAAACGUGAUGAAUCUGAUGAAUCACAGCCAAAACCUAGUGUAACUGUUCAGCCUGGUUCAUUACAAGCUUUGUUGUCUUCUUUAGUUGGCGUGGGAUUGAAUUUCGACGCGCAGAAAGUUGCUAAUGUCAACCCAUUUGUUACUAACCUUAAUUGUGGUGAUCAGAAUUUACUUCAGCGGCUGACGAAUAACAGUCAAGGAUCUCUUUCAUUCGCUGAUCUUAUGCUUAAACAAAAUCUUCAAUCACCGGAUCAAUCUGGUCUCUUAGCUGCCAUUUGUGAAACUCCUGGUCAGCCUCCUAAAAAUGUUCUCAUUCCUAAAUCUGUUGCUGCAGCUUUUGCAUCUGUUGCUGCAGCUCAAGGAAAUAAUGAAACAACUCAAUUCCUGCAACCUAUUAAUCAAACGCAACAGAAAGUUGAGGAAACUUCGUAUUCUGAAUCGAAUGAUGCUUCAUCCAAUCCUUCGGCAUUAGGUGAUGCACCAACUUCCCUCUCUAAUGGAAAUAUUAACUUAAUGCGCUGUAAUUCUCUUUCACAAAGUAUUGGAACUCCAAUAUCAAUCAAUUUACCAAUCACUACAAAUGCCCCUCUUCAGCCAACUCUUACUGUUAUUGGUAGCCUCCCAAAUUCAAUCACAAGUAUUCCGGCCACUAUUCUGUCAAUCGGAAAUAUGAAUGGAAAAAACGUAAAUGUGACAAAUAAUGCUUCAGCAAUUACAGCACUUCUUCGUGGUUUAGCUCGUUCAAAGUCUGCGUCAUUUUCCUCGCCGGAUUCGUGUGCAACUUCUGAGAAUCCUGUUGUUGCCCCGAGUCCCGAUGCAAAACCUGUCACUGAUACAUUAACUACUCAUCAGUUGCCUGUUGAUAUCAACUCUUUAGCUGCGGCAGUUGCUGCAAUGACUGGGAAUUUCACUCGUAAUCCUACCAUUUCACCUGGGCCUUUACCCGGAUCUAUUCUCCUCUCCUGUCCCAAAAUUGUUUCCAAUUCAGAUCAGCCCUCGCCUAUUUUGAACAUUGUCAAUCAAAACGCUCCUCCCGAGAGCCCUUUACUAACGUCAACUCAAGUUGCAGAACCGGUCAGAUCUGAAUCAACUAACCAAUCAAGAGAAUCACAGGAUGUUACAAUCGACCGAAUUUUAGAGAAUAUCCGUGGCCAGUUGCGUGCUUCUGAGGCUGAGAAGGCUGCCAAAGUAGCAUCCCUCGUCAAUUCAAGUAAGGCGGUGCACGAUACAAAUCUCCCAUCAUCCUCCUUAAUUUCUCAAAGUGGAAUUCGAAUUCAGAUUCCCAUAAAGAAAGGAAAUGGUAAACUUGCGCCCGUGGCACCUAGUCCCAUCACUAGAAACGGACCAGCAGCAUCUAUUAAUCUGUCAGGUUCAAAUGGUUCUAGUUUGGAGUCCUCGCAUAGAGACUAUAAAUGUCGUUACUGUGGUAAAAUAUUCAAUCGAAAGUUUUGCCGUGAGCGACACGAGAGACUUCACACCGGAGUGAAACCAUAUAAGUGCGAGGUUUGUGAGGAGACCUUUAUUAGAUUGGAAGAUAAGAAAAGACAUGUGAGAUCAAUCCUUCAUACUACGCGUGUUGCAGCAGCUCAUGCCUCCGGACGUUCAAUUCCUUUGAGCCUUGACCCACAGGGAGGUACUGCAUCUGAAGAGGGCGAGGCUUCCCCUAAUUCUGAGCAUACUUUCAGCAUGGAAGACCCUCCUGUAGAGUCCCCAGAGAAUCAUCAGGCUUCUACUUCAUCUCCGUCUCCCCCUACUCAGGCCACUUUCAAGCACUUUAGAAGAUCAGAAUUAAAACAGUCUGCUGCUCCUGUUAGGCGUACAUCUUCUGAUGAUAGUGAACAGAGUAGCUAA